AUGGCUGUCAUGCGUGCCGCUCUACUUACCUUCGUCGCUCCCACAGCAUUGGGCUUGAGCUUGGGCCAAAGGCAAGCUAGCUCUCCGCCCACGGUCACGAUCCAGAAUGGAACUGUGCAGGGUGUUUAUCAACCAACCUACGACCAAGACCUCUUUCUUGGCGUCCCCUAUGCACAACCACCACUCGGUGACCUAAGAUUCCGACAUCCACAACCGCUGCAAGAGAAAUGGAACGGCACGCUCGAGGCGACCAGCUACUACCCGACAUGCGUUGGUUAUGGUGGAGACCAGAUCGGCUAUGAGGUCAGUGAGGACUGCCUUGUCGUCAACAUUGUCAGGCCUAGCGGCAUGGAAGGGCAGCAGCUUCCUAUUGGUGCAUGGAUUCAUGGCGGAGGACUGGUCAUGGGCAGUGCAACCGAUCGGAGAUACAAUCUCAGCUUCAUCGUUCAAAACAGCGUAGACAUUGGCAAGCCCAUCAUUGGCUUGUCGAUGGCCUACCGGCUGCAUGCCUGGGGAUUCUUAGACGGACAGGAGGUGAGGGAUGAAGGCUCGACCAAUGUCGGUGUUCAUGAUCAAAGGCUAGCCUUGCAGUGGAUCCAGGAGAAUAUCCAAGCCUUUGGGGGCGAUCCGCGUAAAGUGACCAUCUGGGGCGAGUCGGCUGGUGCCUGGUCUACUGGUGUCCACACUUUAUCCUACGGAGGCCGUGAUGAUGGUCUGUUCUCGGGUGUGAUCGGCGAGUCGGGCAAUGGUGUCAUCCCUGCCUACAAUGCGACUUCAGCUCAAGCUUCGUUUGACAACGUGACCCAAGUUGCUGGCUGUGGCGACGCGAGCAACAAGCUGGACUGCCUGCGGCAGCUGGACUUCGAUACGCUGAACACCGCCUUCAACGUCACAGGUUUGCGAUUCACCGGGGCACCAGACGGCGGGAUCGUCCCCUACAAUGCAUACGACGCGAUGCUCAAUGGCGACUUUGUCAAAGUGCCCUAUCUGAUCGGCACCAAUAGUGACGAAGGUGCUGGAGGGUUUGGAGCAAUGGGUAUCAACAAUGACUCCGACUUCCGAGCCUACCUUAUUUCACAAGGAUUCGAUGAAACGACCGCUCCGAUCAUCGAAGCCACUUACCCGGAUAUACCAGCUAUUGGCAUCCCAGCCACCCUCACGUGGACCCCCGACGAGACUUUCGGCAAGCAAUUCAAGCGCGUGAGUGCGUUUGGGGGAGACUUUGCAUUCACUGCUGGGCGACGGCUCAUCAACCAGCAAUAUGCGCGAUACAACGUCUCGACGUAUGCAUAUCGGUUCGACACCAUCCCUUACCCGCUCUCCGCCGAGAUGGGAGUCGUCCACUUCCAGGAGGUGGCAUUCGUGUUCGACAACACUGAAGGAUUGGGCUAUGCCGAGAAUCCUUUCACCGGCAAGCCGCAGGAGUAUUUUGACCUUGCCAAGUUGAUGAGCAAGAUGUGGGCGAGCUUCAUCGCUACUGGAGACCCCAAUGGGCACGGCGUCGAGGGAACGCCCAACUGGCCAGUAUACAUGAAUGGUGAAGGUGGACAGCCGGAGAGCGGAAUGGGAGGAUACGGACAGGAUAUGGUGUUGCAUGCCAAUGACACUGGCUCGUUUGUUGAGGACGAUGUCUACAGGGCUGCAGGGAUCGCAGCAUUGAAUUCGAUGUGGGGAAGCGUUUUUGGAAGAUAG